GCUCGUGACUUCUCACCAGGUGCUCUCCUUGAUAAGACGAAGACGGGAAAUAGCCAAGAUGGCAACUCCCGGAACGACCAAAACGAUCCUUCGCAACUUGGCUCAUCUCGAGCCACCGCGCAAGGGGAGCAAGUUUGCCUUCAAAUCGGUCCCCUCGUACGCUCGACAUACCCCCAAUUUUGUCCGCCCAAAAGACCGGAUAGCCUACUGGAACAUAGUCCCCGGAGAUGUUGUCAAGGUGCGCAUUGGGAAAGUGAAGGAGCUCCCUGCGUCCACGGAUGAAGGAGCGGAAGAUGGUGCUGCCGAGACAUCCAGACGCUCCAGGAAGGUUCGAGGCGAAGGCAAAGUCGUCUCUAUCGACCGCGAGAGAAAUCUGGCAUGGCUGAAGGAUCUGGAUCAGGAUGCGUCAGGAAACUCAAAGCUACAGCUAGCCCCGAGAAAUAUCCGACAUGUCAUCCCUCGCCUCGUCGACCCCGAGGCUGGCGAAGAGAAAGGGUACGGCCCAAAUGUCAUGGAGGUCCCGCGACCGGUACACUAUUCAAACCUCAUGCUUAAGAUUCCGGACGAUCUGCUAGACAAGAAAGACUUAGAGGCCGCCCCAAACCGUGUCAUCUACGCUCGCAAGGUGACUCGCUCCCGCGUCACGUUCGACCGGCGAAAGGGCAUGUUUUACUGGCGACGCUAUGCGAUCUACCAGAAUCCUUCGACCAACGCCUAUGAGCGCAUCGAAGUGCCGUGGCCCACAUUGCCGCCCAAGCGACGCACAAAGACCAUCGAGCAUGCAGACCAAUCCAUCGUCGGCAACGAAAGCUGGAUCCCUUGGAGACCUGAGGAUCCUGUCCUACUGCCGCCUGAAUUUGGAACACGACUCGGUCGGCAGCGUAGCUCGGUAGAGAGUGAGGCAGAGGCAGAAGUGCUGCGAGGGGCGCACGAAAAGAGAAGGAAUGAGCUGCUACGAGAGAAGAACGAAGCACAGAAAGACAUUCCGGACGAUGCAGCAGGCACCUAUGCUGGAUUCGCCAACAGCCGUCGUCAACAUGCCAAAUUGACGCGCCCACCGCCGAUCGCACAAGCCCCCACACCAGCCGAGACGAUCUCCCAUUCGUCGCGUAUUCUCUCCGCCUGGGCCUCGGACAAGGAUGUGAAGAGGCACGUGUCCAGGCGUGGAGGUCGCGCAUUCGCUGCCAGCGAUUACCUCGACCUCGCCCCUUCCUUUGGACCAGCAAGCGGCGGUGAUUGGCGCGCGCUGGACCCUAUGCCGGUGAUCAGCGAUGCCAGGGACAAGUACACGGGCAAGCUGCUGAACAUACCUUCGCAGGAGCAGGUGGACGCUUUCCCCAUCGAAUUGCUCAUGCGCAAGGACCUUAGCAACGAGGGCAGCCUCGCGAAUCGCAUGAAGCGCUGGAAGGUCAAGCAGAUCGAAAAGGCCCAAGAGGCGAAAGUGUUGGCGGAGAUGGAGAAGCGAAACCUCAAGGUUCUCAGGGAACUCAAGCUCUGAUUGCAGUAGUGGCCACGAUUCCUUGUAUCAUACAUACAGCACAGCCGCAAGCGCUCAUACAC